AUGUGCUCAGCAGGCGGUAUCAGAAGACCAAUCCAGAUCGAAGAAUUUAAGACGGCGAUAAGCGGCAUGUCCGACAUGGAGUUGGCACAGAUUAAAACGGAAAUCGAGAAUAGUAUCAACCAUUUGCAGAGAUCUAACGCCCGCUUGGGUAAAUACAUAUCCAAAUUAGAGGGUGCUGACGACCGUCUUGAAGAUGACGACAGCGACCACUUGGAGAACAUUGAUUCGGGAGACCUGGCACUGUACAAGGACUCCGUCAGGGAGAACGAAAUUGUGCUAAACAAUUAUAACGAGAGAGUGGAUGCACUGGAGCAAGAAACGGUAUACAGAAAGACGGGACAUGGCAAGAGCAAGCAUGAGGCAGAGACAAAGGACAACACCAAGAAGGGCCCUGACGUCGACAUGGACAAUACAAAUGUCGACGUCGUGACCCCAAACAGCAUAUUCAUUUGA